AGGCAAAAACAAGUGGUCGGAAAGUCGAUUACUUUCUUACAAAAUCUUCACUAACACAAGCUUUUAGGGAGAAAUAGCAAAAAGCUAUCAAUCCGCCAUAGCCGAGCUUCCUUCUUUCUUUCUUUUUUUACUUGUUUCGUUUCUUAUACCCUUGAAAAAUCCUUCAUUUCUCUAGAUAAUGAACCCUCAAGUUAAUAAUGACCGGAAGGAGUUUCCGGUAGAUCCCACGGCAUCCAGAGGAGGAGGCAAUGGUGGUGGAGGUGCGAGGUACAAGCUGAUGUCACCGGCUAAGCUUCCGAUCUCGAGGUCUACCGACAUCACUAUUCCUCCUGGGCUGAGUCCCACUUCGUUUCUGGAAUCUCCCGUUUUCAUCUCCAACAUCAAGCCUGAACCUUCCCCUACUACUGGUUCUUUGUUCAAGCCACGACCAGUGCACGUUAGCUCAAGCUCUUAUACAGGAAGGCCAUUCCACCAGGACAGCACCUUCCCCGAGCAAAACUCCAGUGAAUUUGAGUUCAGACCUCCUGCAUCCACUAUGGUUUAUGCAGAGCUUGACAAGCAUAGAAGUGAGCCAGCAGUUCAAUUUCAAGGCCAAGGCUAUGGAUCCUCACACUCACCUUCUUCGAUCAGUGAGGCUGCAGCUAACUCAAGUGAGCUAAGGCGGCCAACUCAAAGCUCAGAUAUUCCGGCCGGAUCUGAGGUAGAUGAAUCAGUCCAGGCAUCGCAAGAUGACCCGAGGGGAAGUGCGCCAUCAGUAUUGGCGGAUGAUGGUUACAACUGGAGAAAGUAUGGUCAAAAGCAUGUCAAAGGGAGUGAAUUCCCGCGGAGCUAUUAUAAAUGUACACAUCCUAAUUGCGAAGUGAAAAAAUUAUUUGAAAGGUCUUAUGAUGGCCAGAUCACAGAUAUUAUUUACAAGGGUACGCAUGACCAUCCUAAACCUCAACCUGGUCGACGAAACUCUUGUAGUCUUGGUAUGUCUGCACAAGAAGAGAGAGUAGGUAAGCAUCCUCCAAUGACAGACAAGAUUUCACAUAUUCUCCUUGACAGUAUCUAUAACUUCAUCUGUUCCUUCUUCUCUUUAUUUAUGAAUACAGAGAAGAGCGUGUACAACUUGGCACAAGCCAUUGAGCAAGCUGGUAACCCUGAAGUACCUCUUACAACUGAGGAUGGUGGAGAAGUUGCAGUGUCAAAUAAGAGUAAUGAUGACCAGGAUGAAGAUGAUCCAUAUACAAAACGGAGGAGGUUGGAUGGGACCAUGGAAAUAACUCCACUUGUGAAACCUAUCCGGGAGCCUCGAGUUGUUGUUCAAACUCUGAGUGAGGUUGACAUACUUGAUGAUGGUUAUAGGUGGCGUAAGUAUGGGCAGAAGGUCGUAAGAGGAAACCCAAAUCCCAGGAGCUAUUACAAGUGCACAGCUCCUGGAUGCCCAGUGAGAAAACACGUGGAGCGGGCAUCACAUGAUCCGAAAGCUGUUAUAACAACAUACGAAGGCAAACACAAUCACGAUGUCCCCACUUCAAAGUCUAGCAGCAAUCAUCAUGACAACCAGCCUCGGUUCAGACCAGGUGAAACAGACACCGUCAGCCUCAAUCUUGGUGUUGGAAUCUCGUCUGAUGGACUUGACCACACUUCCAACGAGCGUCAGCAUCAGAAUCAACAACAACUCAUCAACCAAACUCACCCAAAUGGAGUCGGUUUCAGGUUUGUUCAUGCUGCUCCCAUAGCAUCGUACUAUGCUAGCUUAAACGGCGGUUUGAAUCAGUAUGCACCGAGAGAAACUCAGAACGAGACUCAAAACGGUGACAUCUCGUCUUUGAACCAUUCUUCUUACCCGUAUCCGCAUAACAUAGGGAGAAUACAGUCUGGUCCUUAGAAGACAAAGGAAGCGACAGUAAUGGAUUCUUCUUAGGUUAGGAUUGGAAUGAGACAUUGUUCUAUAUGAUUCAUGUCUCUCUCUCUACUGCAGAGAGCUGAUCUUGAUUUGAAAAUAUUAUAACCACCAUAUAUAUUUGUAUGUGUCACCUGUUUUGAGUUCCAAGGAUGUGUUGUAAAAAUACAGUAUGUUGAAUGCUUUUUUUGAAAAACAAGAAACAGCAAUAUGUUAUUAA